AUGCUCAACGUUGGCCUUUGGCGCGACGGAGCCACAAAGGAGUGGUGCAAAUUCGAUUUGGAGUGGGCUUUGUUCAAAGAAAGAUGGCAGCUGGAUCCAAAACCGAUGCAGGACUCCAAGUGGUACCCUGAUGGUGUGCCCAUCGUGUACCUGUCCAUGCACAACACGAAGCAAUUUGAGGUGACGGACUGGCUUCUGUCCUGGUUUGCGAGAUGUCACAGCUUCAAGCCGCCCAAGUGCCCCACUCCAGGCAAAGCGCCGCCACCUCAUUGUCAGGAGGAUUCCUCUGCGGAGCGUCGCCUAAGACGACGUCCACAUGAGUACGUGCAAGACAUGUGCUGUUGCAUGGAACCCCGACUGAACAAGUGGAUUUAUUGGGGUGGCAAGUGGUUUGACAACGGCGAGGAUGUCCCAGGCAAGAUGCCGGGCAUGCAGAAGAACAGAACAUGCACCCUCCCCUGA